GUAUCACCUCUUGUUUCUGACGGUUGACCAAACUGGCGUACAGGCGGUUUGCUUCAAAACAUUAUGGCGUCGAGAAGAACUUCAGCACUGCCAAGUAGUUUAAAAAGUACCUCCACUGACGCCAAAAGCUCGAAAAGUGGAAACAAUGCUAAUAAAUCCAACGUCAGUGGGAAUGGGAAGAAAACUGCUAAAUCAAGUGGGACUAUUGUCAAGUCUCGAUACAUGCAGUCUGCUGAGAAGACAUCUCUUUCAAAGAGUAACUCGCUGACCAAUGAGUCGAUGGCUGCACCACCAAGGCCUUCCUCGCCUAAGCCCAGUGGUACCAAACCGAGGGUGGGCACUCCACCAAGACGCUCACUGGCCCCACAGGCUCUAGCAACAUCAAUGAUGUCAAACACAACUGAGCCCUCACUGCUUGGGAGAAGUAUUCUGCAGUCCACUUUCUCAGAUGGACACUGCUUUCGCCCAGAGUUUGAUAUUUCAGUCAUUAAAGAAAAAACGGUGCUUGAAAAUGCAGUCGAGCCGGAGAAACAUCCAGAGAAUGAGAAGAGGAUUGUUGAAAUGCAAACAUUCCUACUGGCCUACCUCACAGCUAAGAUGGAGAGCAAUACUGCAAAGCUCAAGGCUGAGGCAGAGGCAAGAAUCAUGCAGGAGAUGGAGGAAGAGGAGGCGCUUCAUAAUGAGGUCCAGGAGAAAAAGCGUCAGUACCUCCUCAUGGAGAAAAACAGGCUAACGAAUGAGCUGCUGGAUUUACAGAUUGCUGCUCUGACUCCAGUAGCAGAAACUGCCAGGCAGUUCACAAAGGAUUACAAGUCUUUUGCCACAGCUGUUGACACCACCCGACAUGAGCUGCCUGUCAAGAAUUUCUACAUUGAUAGCGACAGAAUGGAGUUUUUAGAUAAAGCGGAGGCUUGCCUGAAGGACAGUGAGAAGCUGCUGAUGGAGUGCACAGAGGGAGAUCAUACGGACAACAGCACUUCCCUUGAGUGCCUUAGGGACAUGAAAACAACAUCAAAGGACAUCAGUCAGCAGCUGUCAGGUACAUUUUCAGAGCUGCUGGAGCUGUCAUCAUUGAUCUGCCGCCACACAGUCCAUGUCCAGCAGGCCGCUGAGGAAGAACAGCUUGGCACUGCAAGAACCCACAAGCUCUUCUGCCCCAAACAGUGAAGGACAGCACACAGCAUGGGAUACACAGUACAUGCACUUUGGAUACCCCUCAACCCCAAAUCUUCCCAGUUUGCAUAUAUUUGUAGCGUUUGUGUCUUGUCUGAUUUCUUUGCAGCUGUAUUAUAAGAUAUUGUAAAUGUUGGAUAAUGACUGAUACUGUUUUAUAGAUGGAACAUUGGUAAUAAAUACAACAACAAAAAAAUAAUAAAAUAUAAAAUGGAACAAUCA